CUGUAGUUGAAGGCGCCUGCGUGUUGGGGACGGUGGAGCGGGCAAAGAUGGCGGCUCUCGGUGCCCGCUUAGUGACAGCCGUGACCCGCAGGUCCCUGUUGGGGGCUGGUAACAAGGCUGGGGCCAGCUCCGUGUUGUGUAAUGUCGUUUUAAGAUAUGCAUCUGGAGUUUCUAAGAGUGGCUUGCCAGGGUCAUACCCUAAAACAUCAGAGGAGAGAGCAGCUGCAGCCAAGAAAUACAACAUGAGAGUUGAGGACUAUGAACCUUAUCCAGACGAUGGCAUGGGGUUUGGUGAUUAUCCCAAGCUUCCAGAUAAAUCUCAGCAAGAAAGAGACCCUUGGUAUCAGUGGGACCAUCCUGAUCUCAGGAGAAAUUGGGGAGAGCCCAUGCAUUGGGACUUUGACAUGUUCAUCAGAAAUCGUGUGGAUACAUCCCCCACGGCAGUGUCCUGGAACACAAUGUGUAAACAUCUAUUUGGGUUUAUAGGAUUCAUGCUAUUCAUGUUCUGGGUUGGAGAGAAGUUUUCCUUCUAUCCCCCUGUGGCUCCUAAACAGUAUCCAUACAAUAACCUGUACUUGGAGAGAGGAGGUGAUCCAUCUAAAGAGCCCGAAGAAGUAAAAAAUUACGAGAUUUAAUGGUUUCAAUGGGUGUUGUCUGUGUUGGGCACUGUACAGAUUGUUCUUUAUUCAAUAAAGAGGACCUUAUCGAA